AUGAAUGCUGACUCAAAUCGAACCAAUGACUAUUAUGACGGUCAUAUCGAAGAUAGCUGCUCCUACACAGAGCCAGUAUACGUACGUGAGCGAUUUUAUAUGGUCGCCAUAUUUGGGACACUUGUCGCAAUUGUUAACAUCAUCGAAAACACAUUUCUAUCGAUAAUGCUGUUUAAAAAGAAAUCGUAUCGCUCAAGUCAUAUGCUUUAUUUGGGCUUGCUCGCUUUCUUCGACGUCUGGAUGGCAAUUGCCUACAUUCCAUUAAUGAGUUUAAACUUGUUUGUAGAUUAUUACAAAUCUGUAGUGCUAUUACGAGCUUGGUUCAUGUACAUGCUGCCGAUGAUCACAAUUUCUCAUAUUGCCAUGACAGCCUCUUCAUUUCUUAUGGUGGCUGCUUCUUUAGAACGAUAUGUCGUUACAGUACAUCCGACAAAAACGAAAUGGCUUCAGAGGAAUCGAAAAUGUAUUGCUGGAUUCAGUAUAAUUCUUGGAGCCGCUUGCAAGUUCUCGCAGCUGUUUGAAAUGACGAUUGAUUACAAACAGGAAUGCUAUGGGACGAUGCGAGAAUAUCAGCUGAGUUUGUCUCCGUUGGCACAGAAUCCGGUAUAUAGUUAUUGGCGAAUAAUAUUUCGUACAAUAUUCACAAUUCUUAUUCCAUUUUUUCUAUUGGCUUUAAUAAACGGGCGAAUUGUGGUGGUCCUGAGUAGAAAUGAGUACAAAUUCUUGCAAUCCACAAAACUCAGCGAUGCGAAAAGAAAGACUGCUGUAAGAAAUGCGACACGGACAUUGGUUUUGUGCGUUUUCACUUAUCUUCUUUCAAAUGUUCUGAAUGUUAUUAUCAUUCUUUGGGAAUACAUCGAUAUUGAAAUGCUCACUGUUGAUUUUGAGACUUUCUACAUGUUCGCUGUCGAUGUGGUUUCUCUUUCUACCAUAUUUGCCGGCGCUCUACGUCUUCCGAUAUAUGCUGCUUGCCAAGAAAAUUUGCGAAAAGAAUUUCUGGAUCAACUCAAAAUUAUAUUAUCCUUCAAUCGUUAUAAGGGCUAUGGUCCGACGGCGAAAGCAGUUGUUGAAGAUAUUGAAGAUCGACGGACGCCUGAGCCCAACGGCGAGACGAAGCCGUACCCAAUUCUAUUCUCUUUGGGCACCGUUCUUCUGGUCGAAUCAGCCACUGCGAAUUGCGAAGCCACACCGACGUGUAAAGUCAUCCACAAAAGCAGCCAGACAGAAAGUGAUCGUCUGUUGUGCGAAAAAGUUCAAAGUGUUUGA